AUGGCACGCAAGGAGACCGAGGUCAAGAAGUCGAUUCUCAAGACUGUCACUACUGGAGGAAUCAAGAAGACCACCUCCACCAUCAGCAAGACUUCGCGCUUUCAGGAGUCUACUGUUAAGUGUCGCAACAAGAGUACUGCAUUUGUCCGCAACCCAGCGACCAUGGCGGUCAAGCUGGAGACGAUUGCGGAGGAGCCGGAAGAGAUUAACGAGACGGAGCCUGUCAAGCAAGAGCCAUUCGAGGAUGACGAGAUGGAUGUCGACUGGGAGAAGAUGGCAGACGAUGCAGAAGCUGGAAUCUUCAAGCGUCUGAUGUACAUGGAUGGCAGAGAAUGGAUUGAACGUCGCUUUUGCACUGGGUUGAUCGCAGCAGAUAUGGCGUUAGGGUAG